AUGGACUCGACGACCACCCUCACCACCCUCUCGCCCAUCGACGGCAGCGAAGUUGUCAAGCGCCCGUACCCGACUUCGAACACCGAGCUCGAUGCGGCAGUCGAGCGCUCGCAUGCAGCGUACAAGUCCUGGCGCAAGCUCCCGCUCAAGGAGCGCAUCCGCCUCGUCCACCUCGGCGUCGACCACCUCUCCUCCCGCGCACUCGAGCUGGGCCCCGAAUUGACCGAGCAGAUGGGACGGCCGAAGAAGUACACGGCAGCAGAGUUUGCGACGUUCAAGGACCGCGCGUCUUGGUUGCUUGGACAGGCGGAGAAGGCACUUGCGGAUGAGAUUGUCGACGACGGACGGCCAGAGGGGUUCAACAGGAUCAUCCGGAGGGCGCCCGUCGGCGUGUGCUUGCUCGUCGGUGCUUGGAACUUCCCCUACAUGAUCCAAGUCAACGCCCUCAUCCCCGCGCUCGUUGCUGGUAACUCGGUCAUCCUCAAGCCCUCGCUGCAAACUCCGCUCGUCGCUGAGCGCAUCCAGGAGAGCUUCGAGGCAGCCGGUCUGCCCAAGGACCUCAUCCAGACUCUCCACCUCACCCCUCCCCAGAUGGACUACCUCGUCUCGCACCCUCUCAUCCCCUUCAUCUCCUUCACCGGCUCAGUCGCGAACGGCAAGCGGGUCGAGAAGACUGCGGCCCUGGCGGCGGAGAACGGCGCCGGGUUCAAGAUGGUUGGACUCGAGUUGGGUGGGAAGGAUGCGGCGUAUGUCAGGGAAGAUUGCGACCCAGCCUACGCCGCUGAGAACGUUGUGGACGGCGCUAUGUUCAACUCCGGCCAGAGCUGCUGCGCCGUUGAGCGAGUCUACGUGCACGAGUCGAUCUACGACAAGUUUGUCGAGGAGGUUGUCAAGGUCGUCAAGGGCUACAAGCUCGGCGACCCUCGACAGGACGACACUACUCUCGGACCGGUCAUCUCGCUCCGCUCCGCCGCCACGAUCCGCGAGCACGUCUCAGAAGCUGUCUCGAAAGGUGCCCGCGCCCUCAUCCCCGAGUCGCACUUCCCCGAAGCAAAGGAAGGGACGACCUACGUCGCGCCGCAGGUUCUCGUCGACGUUGACCACUCGAUGAAGGUCAUGAGCGAGGAGACGUUCGGACCGGUUGUCGGGAUCAUGAAGGUCAAGGACGACGCCGAAGCGCUCCGCCUGAUCAACGACUCCCCCUUCGGCCUCACCUGCUCGAUCUGGACCAAAGACCGGAGCGCCUACGACUCGCUCGUCGACGACAUCGACGCCGGCACCGUCUACCUCAACCGCUGCGACUACCUCGACCCUGCGCUGCCUUGGACUGGGUUCAAGUACUCGGGGAGGGGGAUCUCGUUGUCGAGGUACGGGUACGACGCGGUCACCAAGGCCAAGAGUCUGCACGUUCGCCUCUGA